UCCUGUUUCAAUUUGCUUAACAUACUCUUGAUUGUGAAGGAGUUACAAAAAAAUGGAGGACGUAAAGGAUAUUGCUAAAUUACCAUCAUUUGCAGAAUUUUUUUCGAGGACGAACCCUUGCCCAUACCCUCUUUACUUGCCAAACCCGCCCCAUGGCGCGCGGGGGGAGGAGCGCAUACGCCGCCCUAUGAACGCCUUUAUGGUCUGGGCGAAAAGUGAGAGGAAGAAACUGGCAGCAGAAAACCCUGAAGUUCACAAUGCCGAUCUCAGUAAAAUGCUCGGUAAGAGAUGGCGAACUCUAAGUUCAUCAGAAAAGAAAUACUACACCGAACAAGCUGAUGAGUUACGGGAGCAGCACAUGAAAAAAUAUCCAAACUACAAGUAUCGACCGCGCCGGAAAAAGUCCAAGUUCAAAGAUUCUCUUGACGAGACGUUGUUGCCUAACAUAAGCAAACAAGUGGAAACUGAAUGUGUGUCAAAAGCUACCAACUUAACGCCCCCUGCAAGUCCAGAAGUGCCCCAAAGAGAUGUACCACCCUCUUUGAUUUCCCAAUUUAACUAUGCUGCAGAGCAAGUGGGGUCUGGCUUUGGCCUUACAAGUGCAGAACCAUCCACGAUUUGUCUUGGGUUUCCGGAAACUCCACCCUAUCAAAACAAUUUUCACGGCUUUGUCUUCCCUAUGGGGUGUCAAGAUGCUCAGACAGGAGUACACAUGUACUCAGACGAACAAUGUUUGACCUACUGGUCGGAAUAUGGAACUGUGUCAUCGGGUGGUCAGGAAACGGAGCCCCAAAGCCAGCCUCCUCAGAUAAACGACUACGUGUUAUCAUCUCAAGAACUAAAGGAUGUGUCCGAAGUUGAUAGUGAUGAAUUUGAUCAAUAUCUAAAGACAGACCAAAGCAAAUACAGGAACAACUCGACAGGUGAAAUUGACAAUCCAGUGUAAACAAGCCGAUGUGAUAUUUGCAAGACGUUUCAACUUCCUUUGCAAAGUAUCACGUGACUUAACCUUUUUAGCAAAUCUGUUUGCUAGCGCAUAAAACGAGAUCACUUACAUUAUUGUAUUAACUGCAUAAUACAUUGUAUCCAAUGCAUCUCAAUAAUCAGGUUCAAGAAUUUUACAUGUAAUAUUUGUUUAUCUGACAUACUGUGUAUUUUUGCAUGAAAUUUUACUAUUUACUCACUGUAGUGGAAAUCAAUGCAGGAUUUUGCACGUCUUCCAUUUUUACAAGAUUACAAGCAUGUUAUUUUUCAAUCUGUAGAGAAAAAUCAUUUACGAUGUUGCAUCAUCAAAUAAAAGGUUUAUAUUUAAAAACUUCCUGAAUCUUUUAAUUAA